AUGGUGUACACCGCUAUGAAAAUGUUCAUGGAAAUCAACCCACAGCUAUUUGAUGACUGCUCUCACGACUACCGAGAGUACCAAAAUUCUGCUGAGGCACGAGAAAAGAGCCGGCAGGACAAAUGGGAUCGACUGGCUGAAAUGGCAAAGGCCAAGCGAGAGAAAGUUGAACUUCCACCAGCAGAAGGCUCCAAGUCUUCUGAUGCAGCCGGCUCAAAUGACGGUCUAGAUCCAUUAACCCAAGACAACCAGCAGCGAUUAAACGCGCUUAAACUGCAAGACGACACCACUGCCAGCAAGGAACGGCGGAGAGAGGGUCAAAACUCGGUUAGUGCCUCACGCGUUGAUUAA